CCCCUCAUCCCUGAGUGCUGAAAUUUCAGGACUGGAGCCUGAGUGUGUCAUAUCAGAUAGUGUCAGACUGCAUCCAGAAGGGGGAAUGAUAAGAGCUUCCUGAAAGUAGCCUUUGAGAAACCCUGUGGAACAUUUUCCUCUAAUAGCCAUUUUCAAGCAGUGUCAGACAGGGUUGGUCAUUGACCUUCUCAACGGUAGUUUCUUCAGACCAGACUCAGUCGUUUUAGCGAAGAGCCAGAAUGGAGUGGUCACUAGAGAGGGUGAGGGAGAUGGUGGCUGGAGGGAUGCAGUCUAUGAGGGACUGUGAGUCCAGUGCCUUUGGCACAGCCAUGUGUCUGCUGCUGCUCUUUGUGUGGUACUGUUACAGGGUAGGUCGUGAGCACAGCUCCUCUCCCCUGCGUGGGGGGUACAGCACUGAGCCCAGUCGGGUGGGAGGAGCUGGGGGGGCCUUGAUGAGCACAGAGGGAGAUGGCAGGGCUAAAGGCAGGCCGGUGUCAGGGGUGGAGGAGCAGAACGGCUUUGCUUACUGCCAGUCCACUGAGUCCUAUCGCUGCACCAAAACAGGGGAGGGUCUCAAUCAGAAGCUGUACCACAGCCUGCAGGAUUACGCCAAACGCUACACCUGGUCAGGCAUGGGCAGGGUGCACAAAGGGGUACGAGACCAGGGCCGCUACCUCACCAGCCGGCCCACCAUCCAGAGGCCAGAGGUGUUCUUCCUCCCUGACCUGCCUUCAGCACCCUUCUUCUCCCGGGAUGCACAGAAACACGACGUGGAGCUGCUGGAGAGGAGCUUCCCUGCUCUGCUGGCUGAGUUUGAGAGCAUCUACCACGCCCCCCCAGCGCGGGCUGGCUCCUCCCUGCCUCUGGGCUGGAAGGCCAACAGCACCCCCCAUGGCCAGUGGUGGACCUUCUACUUGUUGAACCAGGGCACUCCGCUGGCCCUCAAUGCCAGGAGGUGCCCUCGGGCCUGGAGGGUGCUGGGCCAGCUGCGCACCUUUAUCGCCAACAACGUGUUUGGAAACGCCUGCUUCUCUGUGCUAACACCCGGAGCCCUGAUCACUGAGCAUUACGGCCCAACCAACGUCAGGCUGCGCUGCCACCUGGGUAAGAGGGGGAGGGAGCUUCCUGGAGGGCUACAACACUGUUAAAUAUAGGGAUUUCAAAGAUGCACCUGGCUCCCUGUGUGUGUUCACCUGUGGCUCUGUGAAAUUAUUACAAUGAUAAUAAUGAUGUUUACUAUUGUAGGAUGGAUUUAAAGUUUGCUUUGCAUGGCAACAUAUACAGCUGACAUUUUAGAAUAUAUUCAUACAGUAUGUGUUUGUGUCAUGUAAUAUUUUCCCUGGUUUCCUUAGUAAUUACAGUAUAUAGACUGACUUGCUGCCUGUCUUCUGUAGGUCUUAGAGUGCCCUCUUCCUGUGAGCUGGUGGUUGGAGGGGAGCCACAGUGCUGGUCUGAGGGGAGCUGUCUGCUGUUUGAUGACUCCUUCCUCCACAGGGCCUUCCAUGAGGGUGAGAGGGGGACAGCUGUGUGUGUGAAGGUGGUGAAAGGGGUUGCCUUUUUCAAGUUGUGUGUCUGUGUGUUUGUACUAUUCUGAGAAAGUGUUAUUAAGCUGAUAUAAAGGGUUGAUUGGAGGAAGACAUUAAUCUGUGUUUUUUCUAUGUUCAGGCGGCCCAGGGGACGGCCCCAGGGUGGUCUUCAUGGUGGACCUCUGGCACCCUAAUGUGGCAGCUGCUGAGAGACAGGCUCUGGACUACAUCUUCACCCCCGGGCGCUGAGAAGACAAAGAGUGUGUGUGUG